CAUUUGAAUAUCCCAUUCCCACUUCUAGAAAGUUCUUUUUCUGCGGGUAUAUAGAGAGGGAGUGUUCGCCUGAUCUUAACUAUCCACAGGACACAUCCGAAAGAAGAAAUACUGCACAUCUUUGCCAGAAUGAAAAUCACAGACAACAAAAGAUCUCAAGGCUAUUACAGCUCCUGCCGCAAACAAACAGGAUGUGGGUGAGCAACCUCGUAGCUCUUUGCCUGCUGGCUCUCGCGGCCUCGGCCGAAAACAAAAAGCUGAGCAGCCACGCUUCCACGUUGGCCGACAACAGCGCCAACCUGGCAUUUAGUCUCUACCAGAACAUGGCAAAGACGAAAGACACCGAGAACAUCCUGAUCUCGCCUGUGGUGCUGGCCUCCUCGCUAGGAAUGGUUGCCCUGGGUGGGAAAUCAAGCACCGCCUCGCAGGCCAAAACUCUGCUUCGCGCAGACAAACUCAAGGAUGAGCAUCUGCACGCCGGUCUCUCUGAGCUUCUCUCCGAGGUGAGUGACGCCAAAACGCGCAACACCACAUGGAUGAUCAACAACCGCCUAUACGGGCCCAGCUCGGUGGCCUUCGCCGACGACUUUGUGAAAACCAGCAAGAAGCAUUACAACUACGACCAUUCCAAAAUAAACUUCCGCGACAAGAGGAGCGCCGUGAACUCCAUCAACGAGUGGGCGGCCAAGUCAACUGGCGGCAAGCUGCCCGAGAUCACCAAGGAGGUGGUGAACACCGACGGGGCCAUGAUCGUCAAUGCUAUGUUCUUCAAACCUCACUGGGAUCAGAAGUUCCAUGCAAGUAUGGUGGACAACCGUGGUUUCCUGGUGACUCGCUCCUUCACCGUUGCAGUUCCCAUGAUGCACCGCACAGGUCUGUACGACUUCUAUGAAGACAAACAGAACAGUCUCUACGUUCUGGAUAUGCCUCUGGGCCAGAAGCAGGCCUCCAUGAUCCUCAUCAUGCCCUACCAUCUGGAGCCCCUGGCACGUCUGGAAAAAUUGCUGACCAAGACGCAGGUGGAAGCUUGGCUCAGCAAGAUGGAGAAUAAGGCCGUGGCCAUCUCGCUGCCUAAAGUCUCGUUGGAAGUGAGCCACAACUUGCAGAAACAUCUGGCUGAGCUGGGCCUGACCGAGGCGGUGGACAAAGCCAAGGCGGACCUGUCCAACAUCUCUGGAAAGAAGGACCUGUACCUCUCUGACUUCUUCCACGCGUCCGCCCUGGAGCUGAACACGGAAGGCAACCCGUUUGACACCUCCAUCUUUGGCACCGACAGGCUGAGGGACCCAAAGCUUUUCUACGUGGACCACCCCUUCAUUUUCCUAGUGAAGGACAACAAGACAAAGUCCAUCCUGUACAUCGGCCGUGUGGUGCGACCUAACGGAGACAAGAUGCGCGAUGAGCUAUAAUGUUAAUGUCAGCGGGUCGUGUUAUUUUGCCAACGGUAAAAAAAAACGGUGUUGUUUUUCUUUUAAAGACGGUGUUACCUCAGAAACACAUUCCAUUAAGGCAGACCGUGGACUGAAUAUCGGAACUUUUUUAAAACGCACUCCCUCGAUUUGAAUAUAAUACUCCCGCAUAUGAGCCACAUUGAGAUUUUUCUUGCUUAUAUUAAGUGUGACUUCUCUCGCUCCCUCACAGCCUGCUUAAGCAAUGAUCCUUUGGUGCUUUCGUGCAUCGUCUUUAAUGUUUAAAGAUCUUGUUUGGCAGUUCUUUCAAAAAAAAAUCUGAUUCGUCUAACAACCGAGUCUGCAUGUGACAUUUUGGGGUUUAACUUAUGCUUCCACGCCGAGAAAACUCAACCUGUUUAUUGCUGUCCGUGAAAAUGCUGUUGGAAUGGUGUGACUAUGAACAAUUGUCCUUUUUCAAUAAAACUCAGAAAAUGAUAA